AUGAAGAGUGUGUUAACUCUUUUUCUGUGGGUUUUCCGUAGUGUUGGUGGUAAAUCAUUAUGUUCUUCAAAUUUGGAUUGUGAAUGUUUUGCACUGACGAGCAAUGCAACAACGGGAAUCUGUGCUCUGGCGGAUCUAGCAUGCUCGAAUGUUAUAAGAUGUAAUUUAGAUAAUAUUACAUGUUCAAUACCAAAUACAAUUUUUGUUAAUAAUACACGAUGUCAACAGCCCGUCUGUUAUUCAUUAGCAUUUGCUUCUACACAGCUAUGUCCACCACAAAAUUUCACCACGGGCAGCGCAACGGUCGCAACAACAACCACAUCAAGUAUGUAA